AUGGGACAGAAUAACAGUGUUUCAGAGUUUACACUCUUGGGACUCACCCAGGAUCCUGCUGAACAAAAAGCAUUAUUUGUCAUGUUUUUACUCUUCUACAUUGGAAUAAUGGUGGGAAACCUGCUCAUUGUGGGGACAGUGAUUGGCAGCCCCUCCUUAGACUCCCCAAUGUACUUUUUCCUUGCCUAUCUUUCCCUCAUAGAUGCCAUGUAUUCAACUACCAUUUUGCCCAAGUUGCUUAUAGACUUACUUUGUGAUAAAAAGACUAUUUCCUUCACAGCUUGCUUGGUCCAGCUAUUUGUAGAGCACUUAUUUGGUGGUGUUGAGAUCUUUCUCCUGGUUUUUAUGGCCUAUGAUCGCUAUGUGGCAAUUUGUAAGCCACUGUACUAUUUGACUAUUAUGAAUCAAUGGGUUUGCAUCCAUUUGGUGGUGCUAUCUUGGGCUGGAGCAUUUGCCCAUGCUCUGCUUCAAGUUCUUUCUGUCUAUAAACUUCCUUUCUGUGGGCCUAAUGUCAUUGACCACUUUACCUGUGACAUGUAUCCAUUAUUAGGACUUGCAUGCACUGAUACUUCCUUCCUUGGCCUCAGUGUAGUUGCCAAUAAUGGAGCAAUGUCUGUAGUGGUCUUUAUCCUUCUCCUUGUCUCCUAUGGAAUCAUUCUUAACUCUGUUAAGACUCACAGUCAGGAAGGUAGGCGAAAAGCCCUGUCUACCUGCAGUUCCCACAUCAUGGUGGUUGUCCUCUUCUUUGUUCCCUGCAUUUUCAUGUAUGUUAGACCUGUCUCUAACUUUCCUAUUGAUAAGUUCAUUACUGUGUUUUAUACAGUUUUCACUCCCAUAUUGAAUCCUUUAAUAUACACUUUGAGAAAUUUAGAGAUUCAAAAAUCUAUGGAAAAACUGUGGGGUAAAAUGUUCACUGGAGACAGAAUAAGAAUUUCUUCUUUUUACUCCUAA